AGCGAAACGCCGAGUCUUAAAACUGUGAGACUAAAUUCCUCGCAUUCCUUGGUCACGAUCCAGGCGGCUAAUCGCCUCACUCAUUCCCUACUAUACUCUAAUAGUUUACUAUGCCAUGUAUUAUUGAUCAUUACAUUAUCUGCAGUAUGGAGAAUUUGA